AUGGCCGUCGCUGCUGCAGCUGCAGUGGAGGCGUUGGAGGUGGGAGAUGGUCAGGUGUUGGAGAGGAACGGCGGCCAGAGGAGGAAGGCAGGUCAGGGAUGGAAGUGCAUGCCCUUCAUCAUAGGAACUGUGGCAUUUGAGAGUGUUGGGUCUAUUGGGGUGGCAGCAAAUCUGACGGUCUAUCUGGUGAAGCGCUUCAACAUGGGGCAGCUCUCGGCAGCAAACAUUACCAAUAUCUUCUAUGGUACGUUUAACUUUGCGCCGUUGCUAGGCGCCUUCAUCUCCGAUGCCUACCUGGGACGGUUCAGAACCCUAGCCUAUGGAUCCUACUUUACCUUCCUGGGGAUGCUGGGGUUGACUUUAUCUGCAUCAGUUCCAGCUCUCAAACCACCAGGCUGCAAUCAAACGACCCAGUUUGGCGAGCACUGCAAUAGUCCAUCAAGACUCCAGCUGAGUGUGCUAUACCUUUCUCUUGGGUUUAUAACCAUCGGCGGUGGAGCAAUCAAACCAUGCAGUCUUCCCUUUGGAGUAGACCAAUUCGAUAUAACUGAUGAAAAAGGCCGCAAGGGCCUGAGCAGCUAUUAUAACUGGUACUAUGGCACAACUACUGCUUCCCUGGUGUUCUCUUUGACUAUUCUCGUCUACAUACAGAACAAUAUCAGCUGGCCAAUAGGAUUUGGCAUACCCACAUUCUUCUUGUUUAUGGGAAUUAUAGUCUUAUUUAUGGGUACAAGACUCUAUGUCCAUGUACCACCAGAGGGAAGCAUCUUCACUGGGAUUGCCCAAGUUUUAGUGGUGUCCUUUAAAAAGAGAAAACUCAAGCUACCAUAUCCUCGCGAUAUAAAUCAACAGGACUUUCUGCUCUACAACCCUCCCACAAGGGGAAACCGUAUUUUCAGACUGCCACUAACUUCCCAGUUCAGGUUUCUGAACAAAGGUGCAAUUGUAAGGGACGGUGAUAUAAAUGAUGACGGUUCUGCAAGGAACUCUUGGGAGCUUAGCAGUAUCCAGCAGAUAGAAGAGGCCUUCAAUGCAGUUGGACAAAUUGAGUUCUAUAAUAAGCAGUUCCAAGAGCACAUGCUAACCCUAGCAGGAUCCCUGUUUUUCGUAAGUUUAGCUGGAGCAAACUACUUGACAGCUGCUCUGGCAAAUAUCACAAAAAAGGUGACCAGCAGACAUGGCAACACAAGCUGGUUGACAGAGGAUAUUAAUCUCAGCAAACUUGACUAUUACUUCUAUUUCAUUGCCUUCAUGGGAGUACUGAACCUUCUCUACUUCCUUAUAUGCUCACACUGCUAUCAAUAUAAAACCAUGUCACUCCAUGCUGAAGAGUCCAUCGAAAUACAGACCAAGGUAGAGGUAGAUGCAGAGAUCAAUAUCGAUAGAGAUGCACUUAACAAGUAA